ACUGGAUUAAUAUUGUUCGAAAAGUUUCAAGUUAAAAUCGUGUGUUUUUAAAGAAAAAUGUUUCUCAGAAGACUUGUUAAAUUAGAAACUAUUCAAAAUAAAAUAUUUGACAAUUUUUUAAAAAAUACUCAAAAAAGAAAUUUCAGAAAAUUUUCAACAAGUUACCAUUAUGAUCUACCUCGACAAAAUAUUAAACAAAUUUGCGCAAUUUCUCAAGAUAUUGUCAACGACAUAAACAAAAUCAAUUUGUGCACCGAUUUCUCCGAUUUCAAAACUAGAAUGAUCAAUCUUAUGGAAUAUCCUUCGAAAGUAGGAAAUUUAGAACCGAUUCAUACUUUGUUGAUGGCUUAUAAAGUUUUGGAAAAAACAGAAAAUUUGACAGAUGAAAAAUUAAAACUUGCACAUUGGCUUGGAUGCCUAACAGAGAUGAUACAGGGUGCGCUUUUUAUGCAGAGAGAUGCAAUUGACAAUACGACUACGCGAAGUAAUACCAAGACUUGGCACACAGACACUACGUACUGUUUUCAAACUCCAAACGAUGCAGUGCUAUUGGAACAUUCAAUAUUUAUAUUACUAAAAACACAUUUUUCCAAACACCGGAAUUAUAUUAAAAUUCUGGAUUUAUUUCACCAGACCUUUUACGAUUCGUUACAAGGACAUAAUCUCGAAUUGGUUAAUAAAACUGUCGAGAAUUUUGAUAUGAAUUUAUUGAAAAAUAUUGCCAAGUAUAAAAUAGCUUCUAAUUCUUGCAGUUUGCCAGUAAUAUCUGCUUGGUAUCUUACAGAUGAUCAGAAACUCAGAGAAUUUAUGGAAGUGGAGAAUAUUUUAAUAGAUAUAGGUUUAUUUAAAAAGGUCGAAGCUGAUUAUUUGGACUCUUUUGACAAAAGUCCGAUAAAUUUAAAUACCAGACUGGGACUAUGUUCAUGGUUGGCAAUAAAAUCACUGGAAAAGGGCAGCGGUAAUCAAAAAAGGGUUUUACUAGAACAUUAUGGAAAACCAGACCACGUGUCAAUAAAUCGAAUUAAUAAUUUGUAUCGGGAUUUGAAUAUGCCAGCUGAAUUUGAAGAUUUCAAGAAUGAAAACUAUGAAUAUGUGAAUAAAAAAAUUGAGAAAAUAAAGGACGAAUUAAUGAAAAAAUGCUUGAGUAAAGUCGCAAAUAGUUUUUUUAGAUUGAAACCUGUUAAUUUUAUUUAAUAAUUGUUUUAAAUAAAAAUUUUAUGUUGAUUUA